GCAGGCAAACGAGUUCAGGGAGCCAUUAUCAGUGACGUAGCUCACCGGCUGUUAGACUGGGAAGCUGCGGCAAGCGUGCUACACACUAAGUAGAAAAUGACCGACAGUGACCUCAAACACACGACGUUAUAGCGAUUGAGUCUCCCCGUCGUAGUUAUUGACAGGAUUUGCCAUGAAAUUAAUGAAUUGCUGUCGAAAUUAGUCUGUUUUAGUCGGCCGUUAAAGCACCGCUCGCUAUUUUAGGUGUAUAACGUCGCUGUGUAGCUUACUAAAAGCCUUUCCCUCUGGCGAAGGCUGGUAACGUUGACUGGUUUGCAGUCAGUGAACGUGAAACUAGCCUAGGUUAGGUUAGCUAGCUAUGGAUAAAGCGAAAUCAAUAAUGGAGCAGAAGGGAUCUGGCCCUUGUUAUUCGAACGGAUUGCAAAAAUCGUUUCGGGCUCAGCUUGCUAACAGUGGCUGCAACCCUUACAGCCCGAACGGUGGCUGCAGCACCAACGGGACUGACAAUUUCCACCAUCUUCAUUAUGAUCCUGAAACUAAUGGUUCGCCUGCUAAAAGGUGUCGACUUCGGAGGCGAGUGGAAUCAGUGAAAAAGAAUAGACCACCCUUCCCCUGGUUUGGCAUGGACAUUGGCGGCACGCUGGUGAAGCUGGUCUACUUCGAGCCCAAGGACAUCACGGCCGAGGAGGAGCAGGAGGAGGUGGACAACCUGAAGAGCAUCCGCCGCUACCUGACGUCCAACACGGCCUACGGCAAGACGGGCAUCCGCGACGUCCACCUGGAGCUGCGCAACCUGACCAUCUGCGGCCGCACGGGCAACCUGCACUUCAUCCGCUUCCCCACGCUGGCCAUGCACCGCUUCAUCCAGAUGGGCCGCGACAAGAACUUCUCCAGCCUCCACACCACGCUCUGUGCCACCGGCGGAGGCGCCUACAAGUUCGAGAACGACUUCAGGACGAUGGCGGACCUGGAGCUGCUGAAGCUGGAUGAGUUGGACUGCCUGAUUCACGGGCUGCUGUACGUUGACUCUGUGGGCUUCAAUGGGCACCCCGAGUGCUACUACUUCGAGAACCCCUCCGACACCCAGAACUGCGUCAAGAGGCCCUGUUGCCUGGACAACCCCUUCCCCAUGCUGCUGGUGAACAUCGGCUCGGGGGUCAGCAUCUUGGCUGUCUACUCCAAGGACAACUACAAGCGCGUCACGGGAACCAGCCUGGGUGGUGGCACGUUUCUGGGCCUGUGCUGUCUGCUGACGGGCUGCGAGACCUUUGAGGAGGCCCUGGAAAUGGCCAGCAAAGGUGACAGCACCAAUGUGGACAAGCUGGUGAAGGAUAUCUACGGAGGGGACUACGAGCGCUUCGGCCUGCAAGGAUCAGCUGUGGCCUCCAGUUUUGGGCACAUGAUGAGCAAGGAGAAGAGGGAGAGCAUCUCGAAAGAGGACCUGGCCAGAGCCACUCUGGUGACCAUCACAAACAACAUCGGCUCCAUCGCACGCAUGUGUGCUGUUAAUGAGAAAAUCGAGCGGGUGGUGUUUGUGGGAAAUUUCCUGAGAAUAAACACAGUGUCCACCAAGCUUCUGGCCUAUGCCAUGGACUUCUGGUCCAAGGGCCAGCUCAGAGCUCUGUUCUUAGAGCAUGAGGGGUAUUUCGGAGCGGUCGGGGCAUUUUUAGAGCUUCUGAAGUCCUCAGAGGAAGCUUAAGAAGUGGCUUCGGAAUCACCACCCAGACAAAAGCUGCUCAACGGUCUCCUAACGGACACCUGCACAGGAAAAUGGGAAUUGGAAUUUAGGGGGGAAACUGGGAAUACUUGGAAAAGCCAUGUAAUAAUUUAACUGUAAAUAUUCUAAACACUACUCUUCCCCCUCCAGUGCUCCCAUAUCCCUUUUAAAAGAGUUUUAUAUGACUAACUUAAACGCCUUGUCUGUGAGACACACACAAGAUUUUGUUUUUUGUCUAUUUUCUGUUUGUUGUCCCUUGGUAAUGCAUGUAAAUAUUAAUUCUAUGUUUGUUUUGAGUACUAUGUGUGUCACUAAAUGCCAAACCCUGCUGAGAUUUUAUGAGUGUUGAAACUUCCUGGCAUCCUGUAUACUGUUCACCAGUAGGGGCAGCCUUCCCUCAACAGACUUUGUUAGUUUGUUUUGAUGCAGUAAGAGGUCCCAUUCAAAUGUGUUUGUUUGGUUUCGCUUUUGUGUUGCUUGGACCCUGAGGUUUAGUUUGGAUGUAGCAUCAUCUUCUCUUCUGCUAAUCUCUGAUUCCCUCCGCUCUGGCCUGAAUCGUGCGGCUAGCGGAUUUUAAAGGUGUGAGACAAGCACGUUCCUCCAUCACAUUAAUGGAAGUGCCGUUGCUUUGACAAAAAAGGGGAACAUUGAGGUGGAUUAUUUAUUACAGUAUACGUUCUCUGCCCUUUUCUAUAAAGACAUACAUUGCCAUGCAAAUGCAUUGUAUUUCAGUCACAUUUUCGUUUUAAGUUAUGUUUGUUUGAAAAUCAAUUAAUGUUGUUCAGUAAGUGUUCUCCUAAUAGCUGUGAGCUCGUCUUUGAGAACUGGUCUCGGGAGAGGAAUUAAGACACAGGGUCUUCGGCUACAGCUCCUCAGCAUGGGACCAAUGUAUUUUACAGGCAUAUGCACGGUCACCCUCAGUCCUCUCUAUACCGCUCUGUUAUUGCAUAGGCCACAUUAUUGGCCCAAUUCCAUGAUGGGCCCAAAGGACCAUGAAUAGUCCUUUCCCUCCACUCAGCCUCUAAUUGCAGGCAGUUCACAGGAUGAGGUCCCCUCCUAUCAGCAUAUUGCCAUUACGAAAACAGAGACGGUGUGCCGUUAAGUACAUACCAGUGGCAUUUAGGUAACCUUUGCUUCGGGGAACUACAAAGCUGCAGAGAGACUAAGUAGCAAGUACUGUACCCCAUCACAUUUUAUUUUUCUUCUCUUCCUCCCUUCUCAUCUUCCAAGCUGGUGUGCCCUUUCUUCCAUCUACAUGUCUCAUGUCUGGUACAUCAGCCAUCACCUUUAUCCAAAGCGCUCUGUUGCCAUUCGCAAUGUGUGUGUGUGAUCAUCAUCAUCAUCGACAUUGUGUAUUAACUGCAGUCAGUUCUUUAUGUCACAGUGCCAGGUAGUAGAACAGUUUUCUAUUUUGGAUUAAGCAGAUUAACAAUCUGUGCCAACAUGUUUCAGAUGAGAAACAUGGGAUGUUAGUUGGCCAGUUUUUGUCGGAUGGUGACACUUAGCUGUGUGUCUAUCUCUGGUUCCUUCUGUUUCCUUUAGUUGGAUCUGUAGAUGCUUAGGCCAGAAAGGUACAGCUAUCCACUUCUCUACCCCACCUUUUUAAUUUUUUACGCUCCACGUGUGUUGUUGCCUUUUUGUCCUCAUUGUCUGUUUGUUAUGGCCUCUCUGUUAGCAACCUGCUAAUGCUAAAGCUAACACCAACGCCAACACAGUGCCCUCUAGAGGUGAAAUUGAGGACGUCUCUGGCAUUCACCGCUGUAAAUGCAAGCAGUAUAGAGGUUUUUUAACAGUGUGGACGCUAGCAUCAAUAUUCAUGUCAGUAUGAGUUUAUACACAGUAGUGAAAAUUUAGCAACAUCUUGCCCCAUUCUCUAUCAAGUGUUUUUGUUGCCUUCUUUUUUGUUUUGGUGACCAUGUUUUCAUCUGUCUUGUAAGUUUUGUUUGUUUCGGUUCUGUUGGUGGUUGUAUUAUGCCAAUGUUUUGGUUUUACUGGUUUUGUUUUUUGUUUCAUGUCAUUUAAACACACGUUUUGAAAUCUUUUUGCUGCAGAAUUAAGGACCCAUGCAGUUCAGGAAAUGCAGGAAAAUGUGGGGUCUUUUAAUCCCUGAAUGGUUUUGUGUUGGUUUGCUGGAUUUGUGUGAGAAACUACUACUGCUCUACAUGUGUGCACUUAAGCAAAUUCAUUGAUCACUGUUUAUCUAUCAACACUGUGUUCUGCAUUGUUUCCAUGAUUUAUGGUGAAGUCGGCCUUUCACAAUGAGUAUCAAUGUCUCGCGUAGUUCCUGCCUACCAAUGCAGUGUUGUACUCAUUCAAUUCAUUUGGGGUUUUUUCUGUCAUUUUAAGUGAAUAACUAUAGUAUUAUUGACUGGCUUGAGAAAUGAGAUUGUGUAAACACUAAGAUUGUGCAUGUGUUUAGCUGAAAUCACAGUGAAUCUCUCCACUCCUGAGCAACUAGAUCAGUGAUAAGAGUGGAAUUGUGCUGUUAGAACGUUUUGUAUUUGCUACACUUUUUCAGAAAGCAAAUAGUUCUCUUGGUAUGGAAUACUCGCUGUUGGAAUUUCCGGCACAUAGUUUUCCCAACUGAUCUCCAACAUGAACUGUGGUUGUAUCAGUCGGUGACGUAUCCACUUGACCCAUCAUAGUACCUGUGCAAAUCCAGGUGGGGCACAUCUCACUUAGUGUUGACAGCAACAGAGACACAUGCAUUCAGUAAACUUUGUGAGUUGCACUCUUAUAAAGCAUAAACAGAUGGACUUUGUUAGCAUCACGUUAACAUGGACUUUGUUAACAAUCAAAUACAAUGUGAUGCAAAUCUGACAGCUGUUCGAUAGUAGCAUGCUUAAAGGUCAGUGUCUGUAUCUGUGAAUUACAUUUCCGAUACAUGCAAACAGCUGAACAUAGACUGUGUGGUCUUUUCAGCGUUUUCUCAAUUAAACAUCUUUGCUCUAAAUAGAAAA